GCUACCAGCCCUUCGAUUAUAUUGCUAAUUUGGUAAAUAAACAGAGUAGCCAUGAAAGCAGUGAUCAUUCUAUUACUCGCAGUUGCUUCAGUUGUGGCCAUAUCCAUUGACGAGGAUAGCCAAUCCGGUGAAGAUGGCUGGUAUGUGCCCCAACUCGACGGAUCCUUCAACUGGAUGACGGUGGCCGAAUCCGAAGAUUUAACCGGUCGUAAGUCCGCCACUUCGGGUUUUUUCUACUUGUACACCAACGAGAACCCAACCACCCCAGAUACUUUGGUUACCGGAAAUGUACAAUCGUUGAAAGCUUCGCAUUUUCACAAUAGUUAUCCCACUAAAUUCAUUAUUCAUGGAUGGCAAUCCAGCUCCGAUUCUGACUUGAACCCACAAAUCCGUGAUGCUUUCUUGUCCAAGGGUAAAUACAACAUUAUUUCUGUAGAUUGGAGCGACAAAUCGCACUCUCUCAAUUACGCUUCCUCGAAAAGCCAUGUUCCCGAGGUUGGUAAACAGGUUGCUGCCAUGAUUGACUUCUUGUACAAGGAAGGUGGUCUAUCUUUUGACACACUGCAUGUAAUCGGUCACAGUUUGGGUGCUCACAUCUCUGGGUUUGCAGGCAAAAAUGUACAAAAUGGACGUAUUCAACAGAUUACCGGCUUGGACCCUGCAUUGCCGUUGUUCAGUUAUGAUAAACCAGCUGAACGUUUGAAUGAAGAUGAUGCCGACUAUGUUGAAUCUAUUCAGACGUGUGGUGGUCUUUUGGGUUUCUUGAAGCCAAUUGGCAAAGCUGCCUUUUAUCCCAACGGUGGUAAGAGUCAACCCGGUUGUGGUUUGGAUGUUUCCGGUUCGUGUGCUCACGGACGCUCAUGGUUAUACUAUGCUGAAGCUGUUUCCAAUAAUGAUUUUCCAUCGGUGAAGUGUGAAAACUAUAAAAAUGCUAUCAAGAAUUCAUGUGGUAGCACUUAUUCCUCAAUUCGUAUGGCCGCCCCAAAUAACAUUGCCAGUGCCUUCGACCAUUUUUAUGUGCCCGUAAACAAGAAGAUCCCAUAUGGUAUAGGUCAGUAA